UUUGACAUUUCUUAAAAUGUCAAAAAAUGAUUAGUAUCGUUUCAGUUUAGUAUUUUUUACCUAAUAACUUUUUUUUUUAUUAUAUUUUGUUUGAGAAAUUAAAAAUGGCUCAAAAUUUCAUGGAAAUAUUAACAAAACAAGAGGAUUUUUUCCCGACUGAUCCUCCUCAUGGUAUGAAAGAUUUUCAAUUCGAUGAGUUAACAAAAAAGCAAAGAGAACAUCUAAAUAAUUUUAAAAUGAAAACAAUACGUGAAAACCAUCGAUACCUAAAAGAACAUCCAGAAAUUAAAACAGUUGUUAAAUUAUUAUUUCAUGCAGUUCUAAAGGAAAGACCAAAUAUAAAAGUGUGUGAUUUUUUUGCUAAAUAUGUCAUAAAAAAUUACGGACUCUUGAGUACUAUAUUAGUGCAAAGGGCAUCUGAACCUACGGCAUCCAUAAAAACAGUAAUUAUAGACGAUUCGAAGGAAAAUAUUAUUUCCAAGAGUGAUACAAAACAAACUUCUAGUCAAGUUACAAUAAAGCAAGUAGAAACAGUUGUAUACAGAAGACACUUAAGUAGUGCAGGUGCCCAAAAAUGGUUAGAAGCACAAGAAACAAAAAUUGUUGCUGAGGAAAUUUUGAGUGAAAUACUCAAUGUCAUUUGUAAAGAUGAUGUAAUCUCACAAUUCCAAACUUAUUUUGCUGGAAGUAAAAGAGUAUAACAAGUACUUUGGUCGACAGUAUUUUAGCACAAUAGACAAUGAAUAAUUAUUGGAUAUGCCAUGGCCAUCAUUUGACACAAAUUGCGUUUUAACUGCAUGGAGUACGAGGAU